AUGCCCAAAAAGCCAAACCAGAGCAAUGCAGCAGGAACCACGCAACGCAAUACUUCACACAGCCACACGUCUUCAAAAAAGAAGAAGAAACAAGAGAAUGAAAAAGAUAAUGACGAUAUAAAGUAUUUAAUCGAAGUGCAAAAGAAAAACGAAAAAGAAAUGAAACAAAAGACAACAAAAAAGACUGAUCACAACGGUGAUCAACACAUCGGAAAUGAUCAUGAUGACGUAUUUGAAGAUUUUCCAAAAAAACCAACUGGAUUAUUUACAUCCAACCUUCAGUCAGGACUUGAGGAGUUUCAGAAAGGGCUCCAACCACCACAAAAAGUACAAGAAAGCGACAAAAUUCCAAAAAAACCAAUUGGGCCUAGUAUUGCCGAUAUUCAAUUCAAAUCGGAAGAAGAAAGCAAUAUAUAUUGGAAAGGGAAACAAGAUUUACAACAGCGUGCUGAAACAGUAUUUAAAGACUGUAACGGAAAAUUUUACUCGAAUUUCGGGAACAGAAGAUUCUUUAUUGUUGGAUCAGAGACUUUGGACUUGGUUACUGGCUGUGUGAAGGAACUCAUGCAGAAGCAACAUGUUGACGACAACGAAUCAACGACACCAGCACUAGAGACUGAUGAAAACGAUACCAACCACAAGCUCGAACAUUAUCUUGUUCCCAAACUGCCUCAGAUAGAUAAUUUAUCAAGAGUAGAGGGUUGUUAUCAUUUCAGUGUUCAUACUUAUCGAUCACAAAUUGCAUUCCAUUUGGCAGUUCAAUUGUGUCGUCUUUUGAAACUUCCAGAUGGAGGAGUGAAACUCUUUGUGGAGACAAGUAAUAACUGGGCAAUAACUCUGACAGAAGUUGUCGCCUCUGAAGCUCUACUCGGCAGGGUUUAUGUUGUGGCAAACACAACAAAAGGUCUCGAGGAAUUUAACAACUAUACCACCCAGCUCAUGUCAAAAUCUGGAGGAAAAGAUGGUUUCUUUAAUCUCGAAGAGGCAACAUCUUUGUGUCGUAAAUUCAAAACAGACCCAUCCAUAAAUUGGAGAGACAAAAGUGCAGAAAUAUUCAAGUUAUAUCUUAGACAUGAUCAACCCAUUCGGAUUGUGUAG